AUGUCGGCGUCUCGGUCCGGCAGCAUCUCCGUGGCCCCUCGUGGCCCGCGACCGCCUGUUGGCCGCUUGGCAAGCUUGAAGCCUCCAAGCUCAACACCUAUCAGACGUCCUCAGCCGAUUGGGCGUCCGCAACCAACACGCCCAACCACGCACCCAAAGACCCAGGGCUGUCCGAACCCAGGGUGUCCUGCCCCGCAUAUCGUUGAGGAUGAAGGUCAGAAGGUUUGCUCCGGGUGCGGUACUGUCAUCAGCGAGUCCAACAUUGUGUCUGAGGUGACGUUCGGUGAGACUUCGGCUGGUGCUGCAGUGGUGCAAGGUUCCUUCGUUGGAUCGGAUCAAACCCACGUUCGGAGUUUCGGCCCAGGAUUUCAGCGCGGUGGUGGCAUGGAAAGUCGAGAGGUCACCGAACAAGCUGGUAACCGAUACAUUCUGCAGCUUGCGCGCAGUCUCAAUAUCCCGGAAAGUGCAAGCAAGGCCGCUGGUCAGGUCUUCAAGCUUGCAGUGGGUCUCAACUUCAUUCAAGGUCGCCGUACGAAGCACGUUGCUGCUGUGGCUCUCUACAUUGCUUGCCGCCGUCAGGAUGGCAACACGGCGAUGCUCAUCGAUUUUGCAGAUGUCCUGAUGGUCAAUGUCUUUAAACUGGGUCGCACCUAUAAGGCCCUUCUGGACGAACUCCGCUUGGGUGGCAAUGUUUUCCUGAUGAACCCCAUCGACCCGGGGAGUUUGAUUUACCGAUUUGCCAAGCAACUUGAAUUUGGACCAGCAACAAUGCAAGUAGCAGGCGAGGCCGUUCGCAUUGUCCAGCGUAUGAACCGUGAUUGGAUGUCCACCGGUCGACGGCCCGCUGGUCUUUGUGGUGCAGCCUUGAUCCUGGCUGCGCGGAUGAAUAAUUUCCGGCGCACAAUUCGCGAGCUCGUUUACGUUGUCAAGGUCACCGAAGUCACAAUCAGCCAACGUCUGUCAGAGUUCGGCUCGACUGAAAGUGGUGAACUAACGGUGGAUCAAUUCCGCUCCGUCCAACUGGAGAACUCACAUGAUCCCCCCUCAUUCACACGUGGUCGAGAAGGCAAGAAGUCAAUACGAGCCACUACACGAUUCCCCGAGACCGCGGCAGAGAUCGAAGGUGACGUUGUCGACGAGAGUGAUGCAGAGUCAACUCAACCACCACGGUACGACGCUGACGGGUUCGCAAUUCCCAACAUUCCGAUCGAUCCAGCCCUGAUGGACAACCCUCGGCGACGAGGAUCCAUCACCAGAGCUGUCAAUGAAGCUGUCGAGGAUGCGGUGAAGGAAAGAAUAGAUCCGCUUGAAGGAAAAAUCAGGGGGCCCCGAGGUCAUCUGUACCCAGCGCCGUCUGCCGAUCAGGUUGCAUCGGAAAAUGCUCUGGAGCAAGAAAUUCAAAGCAUGCUGGCCAAGGGCUCCGACCUCGUCGAGAGCAUCAAGGGCCCGGAACCAAGCAGCACCGUUUCGGAUAGUAUCGACAUUGACGAGGCCGAGUUUGCAGACGAUCCGGAAGUUGUCAACUGUCUGCUUGCCAGCGACGAAAUUGAGCUGAAAGAGCAGAUUUGGGUUCACGAAAACAAAGAGUACCUUCGCGCACAACAGGCAAAGGCCCUGAAGCGGGCCCUCGCGGAAGCCACUGCUGGACCCUCGAGGUCGAAACCUCGAAAACGUCGCAAGGGUCGACUCGGGGACGUCGCCUACCUCGAGGGUGACGGCGAAGAUGGCCGCAGUUCCCGCGCCUCGACUCCAGCUGAGGCCACACGGCGAAUGCUGGAGAAACGAGGAUACAGUAAAAAGAUCAACUACUCGCUUCUCGACAACCUGUACGACCAAGAUGGACCCAGCGACACGGUCACCAAGGUUGAAUCUCUGAGCCGAACACAAGCAUCCAGCCGGAGCCCCGAUCCCGCCGUACCAUUCGAGCCUCUCCCCGACCUUCUUCCAUUCCCAGCCAACAAACCUGUCAUCUCCGCAGCCCACCAGCCUACUCCCCCUCCCACAGCACCCCCCGUUGCUGUACUCAAUACACCCCCAGCCACCGCACCACUCGGUCCGGUGGACGAUGAAGACGCACAGCCUCCCAAUGCCGAUCCAGACGACAUUGAUGAUGAGGAGGAAGAAGUUGAGGAGGAUCACGUCGACGAUGCCUUUGCCGGCCAGUAUCAGAACGAUGAUGAUUACGGAGACGACUACUACGAUGCCGGCAGUGACUACGACUACGAUUAA